AUGACCACACCAGUGGCCAUGGAAAGGUUACUCCUCCAAGAUGGAGUUCCUCGCUUGCACACAGCAACCCGGCCCCCACAACUCAAUCCGACAGUCACGGGCCCUCAGUCCCGCUGCGAUCCCUGUAACUCCACCUCAAACGAAGACAGCGAGACUGACUUCGAGAUGGUCGAAGCUACUCCGGAACCUGAUGGGAGCGAGAACAACCAGUCGGCAAAAAUCCCAUCAAUCCUGAGCAACACUGACGAUAACGAGAAUCUUGACCCCUAUCUCCUUUGUACCUUGUCUUUAAUGGAGGAACAGGAUGACGAGAACGAUUCCUUCCUCCUGGUUGUUUUGUAUCGGCGUGAUGGACAACCUGGCCUAUCCCCACUUCUCGGUGGUGAUCAGGUAUAUUCCUGGAUGCCCGCCACUCCAGAUCCCUACGAUUAUGCGAGCCAAGAUGACAUACAUACUGAACACAGUGACAGUCCGCUGAGACACACCUCGACGAUGUGA